CACUCACAGACCGCGAAAGCCCACAACCACUUUUACGGACGACAGCGCAACUCCAAACUGAGCGGAUGACACUUUUUUUUUUUCCCCCCCACGCGGACUUUUUACUCAUGAACGCCACUUUAAUCCCUGGAUUAUUAAUUUUUCCCCCAUGUUGAUUUUUUUUUUCAAACUCCGAACACCUCGUGGUCUUGCUUCUUUAAAAAAAAAAAUAUAUAUAUAUAUAUAGAUUUAGUUUGGGUUUGAUUCUUUUCCUCCGCAAGUUUUUGCACCUCCCUCCGGGGCGGCUUGAUGGUGAAGAUUAUGCGGAUUCUCGCGCGCGUCCGUGCGCCGAAGUUGCACCGGUGCCCCUGCUGAUCCCCGAGCCUCCCGGUCCCCGGUCCCGGUCCCGGUCCCACCAGCACCAGCUACUCCCAACUCAUCCAAAUGAUCCCUCCAUCAUUCCUCAUCCUUCUCGCGUCGCUUCUGCAACCAGGUGGCUCGGAGGCUCAGUCAAGUCAUGUCAGCAAGUUUCUCCCCCCAGGCGGCAAGGAGCAAAACGGAGUGCAGGAGUCCCAUCAGGAGAAGGUGAUCUCGGUGGCCGGAGAGGGGACGAUCCACAGCCCGGAUUUCCCUCGCACUUAUCCCAGGAAUAUUGUGUUGGUGUGGAGACUGGUGGCGGAGAGCAACGUGAGGAUCCAGCUCACUUUCGAUGACAGGUUCGGCCUGGAAGACCCGGAGGACGGAAUAUGCAAGUAUGACUUUGUGGAACUGGAGGAUCCCAGCGACGGGAGCACCCUGGGCCGCUGGUGCGGAUGGCAGGCCCCCCCCGCGGUCCUCCACUCCAAAAGCAGCGAAGUCCGCGUCCGUUUCGUCUCGGACGAGUACUUCCCGUCCGAGCCGGGCUUCCUCAUCCGCUACACUACGCAGCCUGCGGUACCUGCGGAAGCCGAGCCUCCGACCCAGCAGGACCUCCAGGAACUGUCGGCCGCCGUGUCGGGCCUGAGGACGGUGGAGGAGGUCAUGCAGUACCUGGAGCCCGAGCGCUGGCGGCUGGACAUGGACGACCUGUACAAACCCACGUGGCAAGUGCUCGGCAAGUCCUUCAUCCAGAACAAAAAGGCCGCAGGAGGGGCCGACCUCAACGCGCUGUGGGAGGAAUCCCAGUUGUACAGCUGCACGCCACGCAACCUGUCCGUGUCCCUGCGCGAGGAGCUCAAACGGACCGACGUGAUUUUCUGGCCCAGCUGCCUCCUGGUGAGGCGCUGCGGCGGCAACUGCGCCUGCUGCGCCCACCGCUGCUACGACUGCCGGUGCCAGCCCGUCCGGGUCGCCAGCAAAUUCCACGAGGUUCUGCUGCUGAAGCACCGCAGCGGAGGCCGAGGUCUGCAGAAGUCCAUGACCGACGUGGCCUUGGAGCACCACGAGGAGUGCGCGUGCGCGUGCAAGGACGGCGAUAACGCCGACAAUAGCGCGCCGCUCGGACACGUUUAACGCCAGAUUGGACGAAGUUAAAUUAAAAAAAGAAAAAAAAAAACAAGAUUGGGACGGAUUCCAUCUUCGGAAUGUCGCGGAGUAAAUACGGAGACUACAAAUUCCGCCGGAGUCUAUCUUGAGUGCGAGAAGACAAUUUGAGAUAAGGAGCUGCCUAUUCUUCGGCUUUUUUCGGGGGGCGCUGAUCGUGUCACGGAAUAUGGGAUCCUCUUUUGUCGGAGUGCUUUUGUGAUACGCGCCCCUCGGAAAGUCAUGUCGGACCGCGGAGGCCGUUUCCGUUCUUUUUGCUGUACACUGAAAUCAUUUGCGUUUGGCACAAAAACAACCCCAAUACCCUGCGGUUUUUACAACAUACAUUUGUCGAAAUCACGACAACCCCCCCCCCCCCCCCAAACUGCUACGGUACGGUAUGAUAUGUUAUCAUUUAUAUCCGGCAGGUUGAACAUACAACGGACCCUCUGCUUCCUCUUUCCCCACCCCUCGACUCCCCCCCCCCCCCCCAUCCAAUCAGGACUCACAUUUCGUUACAUACACGCUGGCAAAAUCGGAAAUGACAAAACUGAUUUAGAAUCUGCCCAACACAUGUGCAGUUGUGUGGCAAUAUUCACUUUGAGAAUGACUAAACUCAAUAGGGUUUAUGUCUGGGGAUCAACUUGGCCAGUCUUUCCCUUUCCCUUCUUGCUUUGUUGUUAUGCUGAUGUGUUUGGCGUAAGAAUGUCACUUAUAACUCUCUAAUUAGCAAACUUUUUUCUUUGCAUAUCGUCAAAUUUCCUUUAAAUGUCAGGAUAUCAUUUUGAGGCUCUUUUGCCCACCCGAGUACCAAAUACAGAACAAAUGAAAUACUGCAAAUUCCAGCCGACAGAGCGCACCUGGUUAUAAGCCUCACCCGGUACAUUUGUAAAGGAAAUACUAUUUGGUACAUAGAUAAGCCGCACCUGUGAAAAGCUGCAAGUACACACAUUGAAACACGAGAUAUUUACAAAGGAAGACGGUACGGAGAAAGAGUUUUCAAAGUUUUGAUACCUUAGCUUAGCCUAACAUAGCAAGAAGAUAGUAGCAUGAACAGGGCUGGUAAAAAAAAAAAACAUACCGGUUAAAAAAAAAAAACAAAAACACGGUAGCAACAUGGUAGCACCGCACUAAGAGGGCUGGUUAAAAAAAUAUAUGUCAUACCUAAAUCACUGAGAUGCGGCAGUAACACAGCAGCAACAUGCUAGCACGACGAUAACACUAGCGCGGAGUUAACACGGCUGGUAAAAAAAAAAAAAAACAUACCGGUAAAAAUUCCGGAGACACGACAGUAACAUAGCAGCAACACGCUAGCGUGGCGCUAACAGGGCCAGUAAAAAAAAAAAAAAAAAAAAUCAUAGAGGUAAAACUCACUUCCUCGGCACAUAUAUUCCACCGCUCUCACUCUUAACCGUUUCCGCUUGAGUUGAGUUGCGGCCGUUAGAAAAAAAUGCACAAAUUAGCUGCAUUCACUGCAUAAGCCGCAGGGUUGAACGCUUAACAAAGUAAGAAAAAAAAUAUUGUAUAAACUCUUUCUCAUCAUUCCGGUAUUUAGCGCAAAGACAUAAUUUUGGUCAUCUUAAUUGACCUAAAACAGGAAAGCUUUGGUCUGAUUGCAUCAAACAGUGACAAUACAUAUAUAUAUACACACACACACACACCCACACA